AUGAACCAUGUUCCGGUCGCCGGGCUCGAAGAGCUGGAAAGACACCUUCGACAUGUGGUAGAUGUCCCGGAGACGCCCCUCGAUGCGAAGCUCUUCGACGAGGUUGAGCUACAAUUGACUGAUACCAAUAUCCCGCCCUUAAUUCCGCGCCUUCUUCCAAACCUCACCCGAAUCCUCUUGACCUACGAGCAGGAUCCUACCAUCCUCGCCAGCCUCUCCAUCAAGCUCAUACGUCCCAUCCAAUUCACCCAGGUCCUCACCUUAGCUUCAGAAGAUGCCCUCAUCCAGGCACUCCGCUCUCCAGCUCCAUCGGCAAAUCUCCUCGCCAUCAUAAUUCUCGAGAAGGCAACCAGAAGUCCUGGCGAUACCGCCAUCCUAUCGAUCAUGCGAGGAGUGGUGGAGAGCUUCUUGCGGACCUGGCUCAGCACUCCCGAUGUUGGGGUUGGAGAGAAGGCUACAAUGGUUCUGGGGGAUCUCCUAGAGGUGGACUGCGACAGAAGGUCGUCGGCGAGUAUCACUACGAAGAUGGGUGGCCUACAGCUAGCAGCCGGCAUGGCCCCAGGCCAGGGAUUAUUAUGGAGACGGGUCUUUCAGGACCGAGAGAUCUACGACGCGAUAUUUUCACUGUGCAGCUCUACGACAAUCGGUACCGGAGAAGGCCAGUUGGACGAGAGACAAAAGUCCUUGGCACAGGCUAGAUUGCUGCGGAUCCUUCCACGGCUUGCUACUCUGGAUUUCCAAACCAUCACCCACACGAAAUUCCCAGACAUCGAAAAGAAGUACAAUGUGGGUCAGCCUGGCAUUCUGUACUUUGCUACAGUCGAUAUGGUCAAUAAAGAACAGGAUAUGCUGAUGCAUAUUACUUUGUUGGAUCUCUUUGCCGAGUUCCUGGAGAUGAUGAGCAUAACUGAACUCACCAAGCCUACUAUGGACUAUCUGGCGGCGUUGGUCAAGAAGGUGGCUACGUCUGACCCGGUGAUGUACAAGCAUCUUGAGGCAAUUGCGAUGUCUCCAGAGACGGCCGAGAACUCACCCGAGUUGGCUGAUCUGCUGCUCAAGUUAAACGGAUACCCUUGA